AUGUCGAAGAUUGAAGAGAUAGACCCGCGUGUUAAAUCAUACCUCUAUGAUAUUGGCUAUCAUAGAUGGUCAAGAGUACAUGUAACAGUGAAUAGAACUUGGACUAUGACAUCAAACAUUGCAGAGUCGUUGAAUGCUGUAACAAAAGAUGCAAGAGAGCUGCCAAUAUUUGACCUAUUAGAGUAUAUGAGGACACUUCUUGAACGUUGGACGAAAGAGAAGUUAUUGAAGGCAAAGGGUACUUUCACAUUCCUUGGGUACAAAUUCAACAAAGAAUUGGAGAAAAACAGUACAUUAUCUCAGAAACUUAGGGUGAGGGCUUCAAGAGAUCAUAUCCAUAUUGUGAUAGAUGGUGUGAAGCGGUACAUUAUAUGUCUUGAAAGCAAGAAAUGUAGUUAUGGCCAGUUCCAACUUGAUGAACUUCCAUGUGCGCAUGCUUUGGCAGCUUUAAGGCACAUGAAUGAAACUUAA